ACUCGGCGCCCACGAACUCCCCACGGUUUAUCUUGUAUCAAUUCACACAUACCACUUUCGUAUAAAUCUUUACCCCAUUUACUCAUAUCCAACACACCUUUUUUUCCUUCUUUCCUAUUUCGACACUUUCUCUUUUUCACCACUCAUAUAUACAUAUUUUCCCCAUAUAUACAUAUAUAUAGACAUGUCCAACCCUCCUCCACCCCCACCCCCUCCUCCUCCUCCGCCUCCGCCCCGAAAAAAUCCUGUUAUUAAAGUCCAGUUACCGCCAAAACCGAUAGGUAUGAGCCCAUCUUCGUCAUCGGCGGGCUCUCCAAACCGACGUAGCCCCGCGGCUUCGGGAAAACAUCCGGUUUAUCGUGGAAUACGAUGUCGUAGUGGAAAGUGGGUGUCGGAGAUACGGGAGCCGCGUAAAAGCAAGCGUAUAUGGCUCGGGACGUACCCGUCCCCCGAGAUGGCGGCUGCGGCGUAUGAUGUGGCGGCUUUGGCACUCAAAGGAAGUGAUGCGGUGUUGAACUUUCCAGAUUAUGUUGGGACGUACCCCGUGCCGGCUUUGCCAGAGCCGGCUUUUAUUAGGAGCGCGGCUAGUGCUGCAGCCGAGCUGAUGAGGCCCAGCUCGGCUGUGGCGGAUAGUAACUUGUUGGAUUCACCUGGUGAUCAGCCUCUGGCGUCUGAGAAUGAGUUCAUGGAUGAAGAAGCUAUUUUUGGUAUGCCGAAUUUGUUGGCGGAUAUGGCGGAAGGAAUGCUGAUGACUCCACCCCGACAGCCGGGCACGGAUGACUUUUCGCCUAAUGAUGCUUCGGAUUGUGACAAUUUGUGGAACUACUAGGUUUCGUUUUCAGUGGCUAAACCAGAACUUCUUUAUCGGGUUAUCAUACAACUCUCUUUUUUACCUUUGGUCCAACUCAUCUUUUUUCUAGAAAAAUAUCAGAUUUUUAUAUAUAAAAAUCUGACAAAUUCCCAUGACCGAGGUACUCACUUUUAGCGGAUUGUCUUGACCCUCUUCUGGUUCCGCCCUUGUUUCAGUUCCGUUCAAAAAUAAAAAAAUAUAUAUAUAAAUAAAGUUUAUGGUGAAGGUGAAAAAUGAAAAGAGACGUGAGAAAUGAACAAUAUGCAUGGGUCUCAUUCUGUAUAUACUUAUGGGUUGAAGAUCGAGCUGCCGGCCGAUUGGGUUAAAACUUAAAAGCAUGAGCCCACAUGUUAUAAGUUGCGUCUACAUCAUAAUAAAUAGGUUGAACCCUAGAGUACGUAAAGUCUGUUGGUUGUUGAGCUUCAAUUCAAUAUAUACCAUCCCAUUUUUAUGUUUAA